UGCAGCAGUAUCUGCAUAAGAUUUUUUUGAAAGAGUAGAACAAGAUCAACCGAGAAAAACAUUACAAUCGAGUUACAAAGUGACAACAAAAAUGACCGGACUCAAUAAAAAGAGCAAUGGUGAUAUGAGUGACGAUGAUAUCGAUUUCGACGAGGAUGAUGAGUACGAUGCCGAAAAGGUCGAAAAGAAGGCAAUCGAUCAACAGGAGAAACUGAAAUUAUUGCUUCAAAACCUUGAAGUUUACUGCAACGACGAAUCAGAAUACGAUGAUUUGCGUGACUUAGGGAAGGCCGUUAAAAGUGGAGCAAAGUUGGCCGGGACAAUCUUGUCAGGUGGUUACACCAACUACUCGUAUAAAAUUCACCUUGAUAGCGACGGCAGCGAUAACGACGAAGGCAAUUACGGCAAGAAAGAAAUUGCUGUCUUUGCUAAGAUCGCUUUUCCAUACGCUUUGUGGAACCCAGAUACGAGUGUACCGUAUGAUCUAGAUCGCGUAACGGCAGAAUUCGACCUUAUGAAACGGUUCUCCGAAGAACUCAAGACGACCAGUGCAAUUGAUGGAAGCGAGAAAUCUCCAAUUCCAAGACCUUACGUACUGAUCGAUGUUCCAGCCGCAGUAGAUGGCACAUCACCACGUAUGAAAAUUUUUGUUGCGGAAUGGGUUGCCCCGACCGAUGAACAAUGGGGGAAUCAGUACAUCGAAGGGGAAAUUGAUCUCAGGGUAGUCGACCAGUGUGCUAAGACUCUUGCGGUGAUUAACCUGGCUGAUUGUGACGAUGACAUCAAUCAGGGCUACGUCGAGACAUUUGCAAAAAUUGCCAAGGGAUUCGACGGACCAGUCCUGGCUGUGUUGGAUAGAGAAGACGAGGAUAAGGCUGUUCGAUACGUUCGAGACGUUGUUGGGAAAGAAAAAAUGAUUGCCAUCAUGAAAGAAUGGCAUAUUCGUAAUAGAAAAAAAGAGGCCCUCGUUCACGGAGACGCAGUAAGUUUGAAAAGUUUGAUCGACUGUCAAUUUUGUGUUCGAUGUGAACGCAUCGGAUAUUUGACUGCAAUCACUCUCCUACUCACAAAGCUUGUGGCCUUGGUUUGAUUUUCAUUCUUAUCGUCUCUUCAUUGCAUAUUCUUGUGCAGCACGUGUUCAACAUGCUUGUCGAACGAAAACCAAAUCCAUUUCAAUUAUCGAGCUCUUUCGGGGCCAACGGCGACUUCAUUCUGUGUGAUUGGGAAAUGGCACACAAGGGUCACAAAGGACGCGACAUAAGCAAUUUCUUUUCCUUUCCUACCAUGUCGGCAUGUUUCAUGGCUGCACGUGGUCAGAAGGACAAAGCGGACAACAUUAUUGCUUCAUUGAAACAAUUCUGGACAACCUAUAAAACAGCGCUCGCGGAGGGUUUGGAUACUAAACAAGCAGGAAGCGCUAACGGUGACGACGUUUUGGAUGUGGACCGAUAUAUGGAGGAAGUCUUUAACUCUGCAAUUAGUUUUUUUGGUUACUUUUCCUUUGUUGCAUUUUAUAUAGUCGGAGUUAUGACCGAGUACAACGAGACGGAGGGCCUCACGGAAAAGGAAGAAAAACAUGUAAUGGGUGUUCUGGGAUGGAUUGGUAUUCGUUCGAUGGAAGUCGGAUUUUUGGAACCCGCUGCAGAAGAAGCAUUCGGUGACCACGACAACCAACGCCUUUCUAGAAUGGAAUCCUUCUUUUUCGGAAUGAUCGAACAGGAAAUCAACGAGCUAUUUGAGGCUCGUAAAACUAGCCAUCGUAGAUCCCGACGCCGUUCGUCUAUGCUUCGUGAAAGCUCACGUCGUGUUAGCGACUCUGAAUCUGGAUUCGGCAGAAUGGUUAGGAGAAUGUCACAACAAGUCACAGAUGAAAACUAGAAAAAGAUGCGAUAAGCGGAAAAUUUACUGGUUUUCAUCCGAUAAAUCUAACUGACAUAAUACAAAACACGGUACAAG